AUGAAUCUUGCUCUCUUAGCUAAAACUGCCUGGCUUUUAAUUCACUCCCCUAAUGAGCUUUGGGUUAGGAUUUUAAAAUGCAAGGAUGGAUCUACUAUUCAUGCUUUUUCUGAUAAUUGGAUCCUUAAUGCUUCUUUGCCUCUGUGUUCUAGUUUUCCUAAUCCUAAUUAUAAAGUUUCUGACCUCAUAAAUCAUGAGGAUAAGACUUGGAAUGUUGCCUUAGUUGAAGCUUUCUUCACCAGUGAAAAUAGCCAAAGGAUUUGUAGGAUGAGAAUACCAGUCUCUGGAUGUGAUACUCUCAUUUGGCCUUUUAAUAAGAAUGGCAUUUUAACAGUUAAAUCUGUGUAUAAUUUAUUAGCAAAUGAGUUGCCACAUAAUUCUACACCCAAUCCAGAUCUAGAAUUACACAAGGCUCUUUGGAAGACUCCACUUUUGCCUAAAACUCAACUCUUUUUAUGGAAAUGUGAAGAAAACAUUCUUCCCACAGGUAGUAAGAUCUCUAGUUAUAGCAGCAACCAUGACAACAGGUGCAAAUCCUGCAAUUCUGGAGUCAAUAAAACUCCAGAACACAUGAUUCUUCAUUGUAACUUUGCUAGGAAUGUCUGGUCCAACCUCCAUGCUGUCAGUCAUGUUAUUGCUCAAGACUUGAAUAGUGACAUUAGCAUUAAGGACUGGAUUUCUAAAUGGCUCUCCACUAAGAAUCUGUUAGAUAAAUCUGUUAUUGUGUUCACUGCAGCUUGGUACAUUUGGAAGGACAGGUGCUCUAAAGUUUUUGACAACAAGACCCUGAAUCCUCAACUCACUGCCAAUACUGCUCUUAGUUUGGCAGAUGAGGCUGUUAGCUCUUUGGUCAAUGCUGUUAUUUCUAAUCCUCAAACGGUUGUUGUCAAUGAGGAUAAUUUUCUUAAUACUAUACCUGAAAUCAACUUACUUGUUUUCUGUGAUGCUUCUUUUGACAAGGAUACUAACAACUCUGGUGUUGGAAUUGUGGCAAUGAAUCAUGCAGGUUCUUUCAAGGGCAGCAAACUAGUUGCUGGUGCUGCUUCUAGUCCCGAGGGUGCUGAAAGCUUCGCCAUUCUGGAGGCAGCUAAAUGGAUCCUCUCCAAAAACUACCAGGAGAUUUUCUUAAUUAGUGAUGCCAAGAAUGUUAUGGCUUAUCUGAAUAAUAACAAAGUACAGACUAGCUGGUCCUAUUGCUCUGUUUUAGAUGAUUGUCUAUUUCUUUUAAAAGAUAUUCAUACGAUAAAGUAUAAUCACCUUAAGAGGAAUCUUAAUAGUAUUGCAGACUUAGCUACUAAGCAUAGUCGUAUAGAGAAAGUUACAGGCGAAUGGGAUGAAUCCAGUAUUCCCUACUUUCUCCAAAAUGAUGUAAACCUAUUUUAA